AAUGGGCACAAGGUGGUCAAGGGUAGCCUGGACACCCUGGCUCUGCUCCCUGGUGCCACCCUGACCCUGUCCUGCCAGCCCUGGCUGUUUGCUUGCCAGGACCCUUCCCCUCCAUUGUCCCAUUGUCAUCCCAGCUGCUUCUUAGUGUGGGGUCACCACCUCCCUUUCCUGCUUCCUCCCCUCUGGAGGUAUAAGCUUGUGUCUGCCCUUGAGCUAGGUGGGACAGUCCAUGGAGGGGAACAGUCCCAAGACUACCUUCAUGGCCACCAUGGCCUGUCCUGGUGAAAAUAGUGUCUUUCUGCUGUGAGAGGCUGUCGCACCCAUGGGACAAGGCACCCGAGGAUGGCCCUGGGAACUGCCCAGGAGCGUAACAGUGACAUGUAGCUGUCCGUCCCUCCCCCAGGUCCUGUGCUGGUGGAUGGUGCCCAGAGCAUUAACUGUCCCAGCACAAGGCAGUGUUGGCCUCAUCUUAUAAGGGGGGAGUUCUCAGGAGGGUUGAACAAUGUUCCUGCUGCCGGGAAUAGCUGCCAGCUCUGCCUGUUGGCCCCACGUGAGGCCAGUCUCCUGCUGCCAGGCUGCCAUGUGCUGUGGGGGAGGCCAGGCAGCCUCGGGAACCCUGGCAGGGCUGCUCGGAAUGUUCCACACCUGAGGUCAUCCUCUAAAGCAGCACAGAGGGGCCAUGACUCCUGGCAUCCCAUGCUGCCUGCUGCUGGCUGAGAGACUUGAGAGGACCCAUUGCCUCUCUUUGGGGUGGCCCCCCCCUCCCCAGGCCCCCACCCUGCCUAAGGUGCCAGGGAACAGCUGGCAGCAUCUGACUGGAUAGAGAUGGGGUCAUGGGAGCCAUGAGAGCAUCUUGCUUGCCCCAGGGUGGGUGGCACAGGCAUAGGUGCCAUGCCUAUGGCAUGACCCUGGAUCAUGUCCCUGUUCUGCUGAGCCUGUCUUGACUGGCUGUCACAGGUUCUGCACACUGCAGCUUCCCAUAAUGAGCACAGAUGUCAUGGUCAACCCAGGGUGUGGGGCUGGAGAGGUGAGUCAGGGCCACCAGAAAGCAGGAGGGUGAGCUCAUGGAAAAGCUGCCCCAGUCAUGUGGAGCAGCCACAGCUGUUGGUGCCCUUGGACUGUGGGACAGAGGCAGCAGCAUAAAGCCCCACGGCCAGCGAAGCUGCCGGCAGCACCAGGAGCCAGGACUGGGAACUCCCGCCUGUGGUGGCAAGAAGAAAAGGACACAUCCUGCACAGGACUGUGCACUGCAGGCAGACAUGGAGCUGGAUGUGGAACGGGCCAAGGAGCUCAUCGAGCAGAAGCUGGCAGAGGAGGAGAAGGAGGAGAAACUGAAAAGGGAUGGUGCACGGGAGCCACCGGCCGUGGAGCGGAUGAGCACACCUGAGCUGGAGGAGGAGAAGCGCUGUGGCCCCAGGAACUGGGGCCUUGAGGCCAUCAAAGGCCAGGAGAAGGUGCGGAGGAGUUCAGUGGAUUUGAGGCGGGAGAUCAUCGAUGUAGGGAGCAUCCAACGACUCAUCGAGCUCCGCAAGCAGCGCCGGCAGCGCCGGGCAGAGCGGGCAGCCACCCCUGAGCCCACUCCACCACCUGAGCCCCUGGAGAUUGAGGGUCCUGUGGAGCCAGAGACCUUCCUGCGGGCUGCUGUCCAGGGCAAGAUGCACAUCAUCGAGAAGUUUCUGGCAGACGGUGGCUCCCCUGACACAUGUGAUGAGUUCCACCGCACAGCCCUGCACCGCUCCUCGCUGGAGGGACACAUGGAAAUCCUGCAGAAGCUCCUGGACAGUGGGGCCACUGUUGACUUCAGGGACCGGCUGGACUGCACUGCCGUGCACUGGGCCUGCCGGGGUGGGCACCUGGAUGCUGUCAAACUGCUGCAGGACCGCGGGGCAGACCUCAAUGUGAAGGACAAGCUGCUCAGCACACCUCUUCAUGUGGCCACCCGAACCGGACACCUUGACAUUGUGGAGCAUCUCAUCCACUGCGGGGUGGAUAUCAAUGCCCCAGACAGGGAAGGUGACACAGCACUGCAUGAUGCCACACGGCUCAGUCGCUACAAGAUCAUCAAAACGCUGAUCCUGUAUGGGGCUGACAUGAUGGCCAAGAAUGAGGCUGGCAAGACCCCGACAGACCUGGUGCAGCAGUGGCAGGUGGACACACGCCAGGCACUGGAGACCAAGGAGCAGCUGCAGGGGGAAAUGGAGGUCCCUGCAUGAUGGCACCAGGCAGGGACCAGGGGCUGGGCUCAGCUCCAAGGAGCAGGAUCCAGACAAGGCUUGUCUGUGUCAAUAAAAGACAGCAA